AUGGAACUCAACCGAGAACAUUUUCGCGCCAUAAUUUAUUACAACUUUCAGAGACAAUUAUCUCUUAGCGACGAUCCCAGGGUGGGUGCACCAAAAACGGCAGUCACCCAGGAAAACGUCGAUGCUGUGCGCAAACUCAUAAGUGAAGAUAGACAUGUGACAUAUAGCGAGAUUGAGGCGUUUAAUUGGUGUCAAAAAACGCUUGACCGUUUCAAUUCCGGAAACUCAAAAAAUGUGUACAGCCUUAUUAGUGGUGAUGAAUCGUGGAUUUACCGUUAUGAACCAGAAAAUAAACGACAGUCGGCUGUUUUCAUCCGUUCUCGAAGUGUUUCGAAAAAGAUGGUCGCGACAUUUCUGUUAAAAGCGGGUCAUAUUGCAACAAUUCCUCUUAAUGAACAAAGAAUUUUCAUCACCGAGCUUCGAAAAAUCAACCCCGAAAGAAGAAUCAUCAUCCACCAAGACAAUGCAAUCUCGCACACAGCCCAAAAAACAAGGCAGUAUUUAACGGAAGAAAACGUGGAAUUAUUGGACCAUCCACCAUAUAGUCCCGAUCAAAGUCCUAACGACUUCUUUACUUUCCCGAAAAUUAAAAACAGACUGCGGGGUCAUAGGUUCCAGUCACCAGAAGAAGCAGUUGACGCAUUCAAAAAUGCCGUUUUGGAUCUGCCAGCAAACGAGUGGAAUAAGUGCUUCGAAAAUUGGUUCGAGCGCAUGCAGACGUAUCGAGAACGAAGGCGAUGA